AUGGCAAAAAUGUACAAAUUAGAAAAAACAUCUACAAAACACGAGAGGUUCCUAAACCCUUCAUUCUCUUCCACUCUCUUAGACCAAAUUUACCGUUCCAUCGACAACGGAGAGAAAAAUUUACCCACGGAAACCACCACAUUCUACCCACAACAAAAACCAACUGUUACCAACAAACUAAUAUUAACCGACACAAAACACACCAACAACAAACCAAAAACCGAAAAAGCUGUCCCUGUCGUAAAAAAACCCGACAACAGAAAAUUUCAUCACCGUGAUCUCGAACAAGAUUAUCUGUUCUUCAGUUCCACUUCUAUUUCUUCCGAUUCUAGCUCCGGCGGAUUCUCCUCCGAUACAGACUCCUUAUAUUGCACGAAGUCACGUGCCUCGUCGGGUUUCAUCCCACCGAGGCCUAAACCGGUUAGAACAAGCGAGUCAUUCCGAUUCGAAAGCGAGAAACAGAGGAAUCAGGUUUUCGACUGUUAUCCUCGAAGUUCAGAAACCAAACACGGCACAGAAAAUCGCGGCGAGGAAGCGAUUUUAAUAAAAAGCAAAUCGAGAGCGGUUAAGAUUUACAACAAUUUGAAGAAAGUGAAGCAACCGAUUUCACCGGGUGGAAGACUCACGAGUUUUCUUAACUUGCUGUUUCAUAAUAAUAAUAAUAAUAAUAAUGAGAAGAAAACUAAAGGUUCUUCUUACGAAGACAAGAGAAAAGUAGCUUCCAGUUCCACAACAUGUUCCUCUGCUUCUUCGUUUUCACGGUCUUGUUUGAGUAAAACGGCGUCAUUUUGUCAUAGAGAAAACUACAAGACGGUGCGUUUUUGUGGCGUGGAAGAGGGUAGGGUUAAAGUGGAGGAAGCUACUAGAAAGUUCUUGAAUGAGUAUCGUUGUAAUAGCUACCAGAAGAAGAAUGAUUUGGUUUUGUUAAAGGAUUUGUGUGUUAAUCAGAAUGGUGAUGAAGAUGAUGAUGACGUGGCGAGUUGUGCGAGUUCUGAUCUAUUUGAGUUGGAUCAUUUGGGUGUUUUGGGAGAUGGAAGGUUUUGUGAGGAGCUUCCUGUGUAUGGGACUACUCGUGUUAAAUGCUGA